GCGCUGCGCAGGCGCAGCUGCUUGGUUCCUCUCGUCCCGGCGCUCCGGCCCAGCUCUCGCGGACAAGUCCCGAUAUCGCGCGCCCCCCCUCCGGUACCGCCCCCUCCCCCGCUUCUGCGUCUUCGAAGAUAAACAAUAGUUGGCCGGCGAGCGCCGAGUGUGUCUUCCGCCGCUAUUCGGCGGGCUGCGUGGGACCGGCGGGAUCCCGGCCAGCCCGCCAUGGCGGGGCUGUACUCGCUGGGAGUGAGCGUCUUCUCUGACCAGGGCGGGAGGAAGUACAUGGAGGACGUUACACAAAUUGUGGUGGAGCCCGAGCCGACGGCUGAAGAAAAGCCCUCGCCGCGGCGGUCGCUCUCGCAACCGUCACCUCCGCAGCUGUCACCGCCGGCUGCCGCCAGCGAAGUCCUGGGGAAAGGCCCCGCGGUGGCAGCCCGAGAAACUCGCGACCUGCCCCCGGACCCUGGGCCCUCGCCAGCUCCCGGCCGCCGCUGCCGCCGCCGUUCCUCGGUGGCGUUUUUCGCCGUGUGCGACGGGCACGGCGGGCGAGAGGCGGCACAGUUUGCCCGGGAGCACUUGUGGGAUUUCAUCAAGAAGCAGAAGGGGUUCACCUCGUCCGAGCCGGCGAAGGUUUGCGCUGCCAUCCGCAAAGGCUUUCUCGCUUGUCACCUCGCCAUGUGGAAGAAACUGGCAGAAUGGCCAAAGACUAUGACAGGUCUUCCCAGCACAUCAGGAACAACUGCCAGUGUGGUCAUCAUACGAGGCAUGAAGAUGUAUGUAGCUCACGUGGGUGACUCAGGGGUGGUUCUUGGAAUUCAGGAUGACCCGAAGGAUGAUUUUGUCCGAGCUGUGGAAGUGACACAGGACCAUAAGCCAGAACUUCCUAAGGAAAGAGAACGAAUCGAAGGACUUGGUGGGAGUGUGAUGAACAAGUCUGGGGUGAAUCGUGUAGUUUGGAAGCGACCUCGGCUCACUCACAAUGGACCUGUUAGAAGGAGCACAGUUAUUGACCAGAUUCCUUUCCUGGCAGUAGCAAGAGCACUUGGUGAUUUGUGGAGCUAUGACUUCUUCAGUGGUGAGUUUGUAGUAUCACCUGAACCAGACACAAGUGUCCACACUCUUGACCCCCAGAAGCACAAGUAUAUUAUCUUGGGGAGUGAUGGACUUUGGAAUAUGAUUCCACCUCAGGAUGCCGUCUCAAUGUGCCAGGACCAAGAGGAGAAAAAAUAUUUGAUGGGUAAGCAUGGACAAUCUUGUGCCAAAAUGCUCGUGAAUCGAGCACUUGGCCGCUGGAGGCAGCGCAUGCUUCGAGCAGAUAACACCAGUGCCAUAGUAAUCUGCAUUUCUCCAGGAGUGGACAGUCAGGGAAAUUUCACCAAUGAAGAUGAGCUCUAUCUGAACCUGACUGAGAGCCCUUACUAUAAUAGUCAAGAAACCUGUGUGCUGACUCCUUCUCCCUGUUCUACACCACCAGUCAAGUUGCUGGAAGAGGACCCUUGGCCCCAGCUGAACUCUAAGGACCACAUACCUACCCUUGUUCAUAAUAAUGUCUUCUCAGAGAAUUAUUUAGAAGUCCCACCUGAGAUAUCUCAAGGGUAUGUCCUGGCUGCAGUCAUACCCUCGAAAGAUCCACAGCCACUUGAAGAAAAUUGUACUAAAGCCCUGACUUUAAGGAUACAUGAUUCUUUGACUAAUAAUUUGUCAGUUGGCCUUGUGCCUACUAAUUCCACAAGCACCAUCAUGGACCAAAAAAAUUUAAAGAUGUCAACACCAGGUCAAAUGAAAGCCCAAGAAGUUGAAAGAACCCCUCCAGAAAACUUUAAAAGGACAUUAGAAGAAUCCAACUCUGGCCCUCUUAUGAAGAAGCAUAGACGAAAUGGUUUAAGUCGAAGUAGUGGUGCUCAGCCUGCAAGCCUCCCCGCAGCCUCUCAGCGGAAGAACUCUGUUAAACUUUCCGUGCGACGCAGACUCCGAGGCCAGAAGAAAAUCGGAAAUCCUUUACUUCACCAGCACAGAAAAACUGUUUGUGUGUGCUGAAAUAUGUCUAGAAAAUGUUUUUUAUCCUCAAACUUAAGAUAUAAGAGGGCUUUUUGAGGUUGGUGCUGAAGAUGAACCUUUUUUAAGAGGACAAAAUAAAAAUAGUAUACAGUUUGACUUUUUUGGAGUUCAGCAGUUUUAUCCUGGCCUUGUACUUGCUUGUAUAAUAAAUGUGAAUUUUGUAGAUGUUAGGGUGUAAGUUGCUGUAAAAUGUGUGUAAAUUUGUAUACUUCAUACAAAUUCAAUCUCUUAACUCUGAUACACAGUAAAUGAAACAACAGGGCUAAAGGUUUUUAAAAAAAUCAAAAGAAUCUAUUAGAUUUUAGAAGUACAUUUAAACUUUUAAAAAUGCUUAUGAAGAAAUUUGUAUAAGUCACUUGUGAUGAAAAUUACAGAACUUUUUAAAGUAAAUUAUUAAGCAAACUGGAAAAAUGGUGUAUUUUCAUAGUGACCUGUGUUCCACUUAAUGUUUCUUAGAGACAACUAGUGUCUUUUAAAAAUUAUUUUUUAUUUCUAAUUUCAUGAUUCAGAACUAAAUUUUUCAUAGAAGCAGAAGUAAUUGAGCCAUGCUAAAGUAGCUGGGUAUUAGUCUAUUAGUCCUAAUUAAAAUACUAUGCAGUAUCUCUUAUUUCAGUAGCAUUUUUCUAAAACAUUAAUCAUCAGAUACACUCAUCAAAUCUUUGGAGUAGAAGGAGGUGUUUGCCUAAGAACAUGCCCUUCUCAGUCAUCUCAGAUAUUCAGUGGCAUUAUUAGGUCUUAAAGUAGUUACGCUCUUCUAGUGUUUGCAAAGAAUAAGUGAAGUUUUUCUUGCAAUUACAAUAAUGGAUGGUGCUGCUAAUUCCCAACAUUUCUUAAAUUAUUUUAUAUAUCGUACAGUUUCAAUUGAUUAUAUGGAUAUAUGUUCGUUCAUCUAAUAAAUCAGUAAACUGUU